AUGUGGAAACUUCUUUUUAUUCUAGCACUGGUGCUUUCGAAUGUUGUGGCAGAUGAGAAUGACACUGAAGGGACUACAACAGUAGAUGUUACUGUUACUCCAACUGUAACUAUGACUGCUACAAGGGGAUAUAUUGCUGAUGUUUAUCAAACCGUUUAUGUUUAUACUGACUCGCAAGGAAGUUUCACUACUUCAACAACAAUUGGAACUAGCUCUGUUUUUGAUUAUAUUCCUGAAACUUCUAGUAUUGGUAGCACUACUUUAACUACUGCCGAUUCCACAAUCACAUCUGGUACAAGUUCAACCACGGUUGAGGCUAGUCAACCAACCGAAACUACUUCCGAUGCAGCUAGUACCACUUCUGAAGAAAUUAGCUCCACUACAUCUCAGAUUUCAUCGGCUACUCUGGAUGAAUUCAUUGCAUCAUCUUCUGCUGUUUCUGUAUCAAGUAGUAGCUCUACUGCUUCCAGUUCUAAGGCAAGUGGCUCUGGGUUAUCUAGCUCAUUCUCCCCAUUUCCAACUAAAGUACCAGUGUUCGGUACUACACAACCAACUGGCUCCUACUAUUCGACGGGCACAUCCUCGACUACCACUGUAGUGGAUGGAACCUCUGCAGUAGUAGAAUACACAGUAUUAUAUACUAACGUGUGUGAAGCUUAA